AUUGAAAGAGCUGUGAAGGAGAGGAAGCUCAUGGACCAUGUGGAACAAGAUGGCGUUGUCAUCGCGUUUGUUUUUGUGCGGCCGCUUUGGUCGGAUCGCAGACGCCGUCUUGCUCAUUAAUAAACAACCGACAGUUCCGCUUUCUUGCAGAUGUUAUGUUGCCCUUAGUGAAAAAAAUCAGUUGCAGUUCAAACUGGACGAGCGUACGGCUCACAGCAGCCUCGAUCUCUUCAAGAAAGACAGUGGUGUGAUUUACAGAAUCCUGGGUCUAGAUCCAAGUCGUGUCCAGGAUUCCCCUCUGCGAUUUCGGGACUGGGCCGUCGUGUUUGCUGAUAGUCAUGUUGACUCUGGACGGCACUACUGGGAAGUCACAGUUAAAAAGUCUCAGGAGUUUCGGGUUGGUGUUGCAGAAGUAGCUAUGUCUCGUGAUGAGUGUAUAGGUACAAACUCCUCCUCGUGGGUCUUCUCAUACAUGCACAGUAAGUGGUAUGCCAUGACCACUAACAAGCAGGUGCCUGUGUCACUUGUGGGGAAGCCGGAUCGAGUGGGGCUGCUUUUGGACUUUGAGGCUGGUAAGCUCAGUUUAGUAGAUCCUCAGAUUGCAAAGGUGGUGCACUCGAUAAAGACUCAUUUCCCCUUGCCGAUCUGCCCAGCUUUUGCACUGUGGGAUGGUGAAAUUCUCACACACUCUGGGUUGGAGGUGCCAUCACAGCUUAAAUAGUUUACACAUGCUUCCUUGAAAUUUAUUUUUGGAUUAGAAAAGCAAUAAGCAGUCUGUGUCCCAAGCAAUAAGCAGUCUGUGUCCCAAGUAAUAAGCAGUACAUUGUGUCCCUGGUAUAUUAACUGAGAUACUAAGCAGAAUGUUUAGUCAAAUCACCACAUAAACCAUGUUGGGCUAACAUUGCUGAUGAGCCAUGGGACUGUGCAUAUAAAUAAAACAUUAUUUCACACAUUAAUACAUGUAACAUGUAUCAACAUUUAUAUGCUGUUAUUUGAUGGGUUCAACAAAUAUGUUAUGUCUUCUACUGUUUCCAGAAGAAAAAUGUAUGGCAGUGUGCAUGUCCUGUCUGUAUUCAUGCAAUUUUUGUGUGCAUUUUCAUGAUGUGGUCAAUAAAAGACUGUUUAGUGGUAA